AUGGGCCUCCUUGCGUCUGUUCUGUUCUGCUGUUGCGUUCUUGCGGCGAAAUACGCCCUUAGCCAAGAACAUGGAGAAGAAUACGAGAAGACAAUGGGCCCAGUUGCCUUCCUGUGGCCGCCUGAUCGUGAAUGGGGUGCUGCUCAGGAUAACACAGCCCCCUGUGGCUCGGCCGCAUCGGUUGUGAACAGAACCGAAUUUCCUCUGCUCAACGGGCAAAUCGCACUUGUCGCUCAAGACGAGUCCUGGUCCAUCCAAGUGGCCAUUUCUCAUAAAAACGAUCCGACGUCGAACGAUGAUUUCGAGAUCGUGAUAGCGGCCAUGAGAAUCCCAGAACUCGAUGAAGGGCACCAGUGCUACCCAGUUCCCAAUCCGUCGGCGGACAUCGAAGCUCUCUCAAACGCGACAUUGCAAAUUCAAUAUACUUCGGACUUUGAAGAUGACCGAAAUGAGACGUAUUAUGCUUGCGCGGAUAUAACUUACGUGCCGACCAGCCAAUUCACCUACCAAGUGCCAUGCUUCAAUGCCACUGUCGACGACUUCAACAUUACUGAUUCUGACCCUGGGUUGAGUUCUUCGGCUUCGGCAUCUGGAGCCACUGCAACAUCAGAAGCCACGGGGGCCGCGGAAUUAUCAUCGUCUUCUGGUCUGUCAGGAGGUGCGAUUGCCGGUAUUGUUGUCGGCACUGUGGUAGGAGUUGCUGCUUUCCUUGGCGUGUUCUUUUUCCUGUGGCGUCGGAGCCAGCAGAAGCGUCGACUUCGUCAACAGGAAGCUUCUGUGAGGAACGUGAAAUGGGAAGACCAUCAUCAGGGCAGCGGACCAGCAUCACAGGCUUCAGACCGUGACAUUGCGCUCAGGAAGCUUUAG